ACCCUGGGCCGGGGCUUGGCGCCGCAAGCAACGCCCCAAAGAGGAGGGGAGAGCGCGCGGGCGAGGAAGGGAGACGGCUCGGUAGCGAGGGCGAGGGCGAGCGCAGGCGGCUGCCCGCCUAGAGGAGGGAGCCGGGCGAGGGCGAGGAGGGAGCCGGCGGGGCGCAGGCGAGGCGGGGACCGGGCGCGCGCACUUUUCCCGCAAAGUGCCAACUACCCGGGAGAGAGUUCCGGGCGCUCAUCUCUGGGCGCGGGGGAAAGUCAGCAGUCAGCGGGAAUUUGAGAUUUUAGGAAAGAAAGUCCGAUCUCCCGGUCCCCUUUCCCUUGUUACCGAUCCCUAUUAAAAAGAAAAACAACAGGAAUAACAGCAAACUUGCUCUAGUCUUGUCUGUACCCCACUCCUGGCACCAUGAAGGCGGCCGUCGAUCUCAAACCGACACUCACAAUCAUCAAGACGGAAAAAGUGGAUCUGGAGCUUUUCCCCUCCCCCGAUAUGGAAUGUGCAGAUGUCCCACUCCUAACUCCAAGCAGCAAAGAAAUGAUGUCUCAAGCCUUGAAAGCUACAUUCAGUGGUUUUUCUAAAGAGCAGCAACGCCUGGGAAUCCCAAAAGAUCCCCGGCAGUGGACAGAGACCCAUGUUCGGGACUGGGUGAUGUGGGCUGUCAAUGAGUUCAGCCUGAAAGGUGUGGAUUUCCAGAAGUUCUGUAUGAACGGAGCAGCCCUCUGUGCGCUGGGGAAAGACUGCUUUCUCGAGCUGGCUCCAGACUUCGUUGGAGACAUCUUGUGGGAGCAUCUGGAGAUCCUGCAAAAAGAGGAUGUGAAGCCAUAUCAAGUUAAUGGAGUCAACCCCACCUACCCGGAGUCCCGCUAUACCUCGGAUUACUUCAUUAGCUAUGGUAUUGAGCAUGCCCAGUGCGUCCCUCCUUCGGAGUUCUCCGAGCCCAGCUUCAUCACCGAGUCCUACCAGACCCUCCAUCCCAUCAGCUCGGAGGAGCUCCUGUCCCUCAAGUAUGAGAACGACUACCCCCCGGUCAUCCUCCGGGACCCUCUGCAGACGGACCCCUUGCAGACCGACUACUUUGCCAUCAAACAAGAAGUUGUGACCCCCGACAACAUGUGCAUGGGGAGGACCAGUCGUGGGAAGCUCGGGGGCCAGGACUCCUUUGAGAGCAUAGAGAGCUACGACAGCUGUGACCGCCUCACCCAGUCCUGGAGCAGCCAGUCGUCCUUCAACAGCCUGCAGCGCGUCCCCUCCUACGACAGCUUCGACUCGGAGGACUACCCAGCCGCCCUGCCCAACCACAAGCCCAAGGGCACCUUCAAGGACUAUGUGCGUGACCGCGCUGACCUCAACAAGGACAAGCCUGUCAUCCCUGCCGCAGCCCUGGCUGGCUACACAGAUAAACUAGAGCCUGUCCACCGUCACACAGUAACCAAAUCCGCGGACCGCACCCAGAACCUGGGAGUUCUGCCUGGCAGCGGACCGAUCCAGCUGUGGCAGUUUCUUCUGGAAUUACUCACUGAUAAAUCCUGUCAGUCUUUUAUCAGCUGGACAGGAGAUGGCUGGGAAUUCAAGCUUUCUGACCCAGAUGAGGUGGCCAGGAGAUGGGGAAAAAGGAAAAACAAACCUAAGAUGAAUUAUGAGAAACUGAGCCGUGGCCUUCGCUAUUAUUAUGACAAAAACAUCAUCCACAAGACGGCGGGUAAACGCUACGUGUACCGCUUUGUGUGCGACCUGCAGAGCCUCCUGGGCUACACGCCCGAGGAGCUCCAUGCCAUGCUGGACGUCAAGCCCGAUGCCGAUGAGUGAUGGACACCCUGGGGCUGGGCAAACUCUCCUGAGGCAUUUUAAAGAACAACCACGUCGGUCGGACUCUUAAUUUUUAAUUGUUAUUCUAUUUUUAAUUUUCCAGAGCUCGUUUUUUUUACAUUCAGGGGUGGGAGCUAAGUGAGCUGCAGCUAUAAUCAAUUGUGCGCUGUCGGAAGAGGAGGGCCAGGACUCGUGGGGCGGGCGGGACAAGAAAUUCUUGAGCAAGAAGGGCCUUCUUAGAAGCUUGAAGAAUCUGGCUUAAGGGAGGAAGAGACAAAUGUGUCCCAUCAUUUAAAAAAAAAAAUAUUCCAUGAAAAAAGAAAAGUGUUUUGAGUCAUGGACCUAUUAGCAAAAGAAAUCGAUGCACCAGGGGCUAGGAGACUAAUAAAAGGCAAUUCGUUUGCUUUUGUUUUCAGGUCUGGGAGGGCAAAAAAGUGGGAGGUGGGAUCAAAUCUUUUGUUUGGGGGAUGCACUAAAAACCAAGGACUAUUUACCUUUUAUUCUCUUUCGAAACAAAGAUGGACUUCCAUGUAGUGGGGCCAAAACUGUUUUCGUGUUAAAAUUUAUUCAAUUAAAUUUUGUGCCAGUAUUUUUUUUUUUUUUCCUUAAAAAUCGUCUUAAGCUCUAAGGUGGUCUCAGUGUUGCGGUAUAUCAUGCAAGUUUGUUUUUAUUUGCCGGUUGAGGAUUCUGUCACCGUGAAAGGAAACUGUUUAUAUAGACCCCACUGGAAAGGCAAAGUGCUGUCACUGAGAUGGGGGACCCCAAAUUCGUGUGACUGAUAUAUGAAGGAAAAAUAAUGCUGAUUUGGGUGCAAGGAAACUGUGCAUGGGAAUUUCACCUAUAAUUUUAAACAAUUAUGAUCACACCCCUCUACUUACUUGUCAUUCGUAGAUCCUCGGGGCUUGGACGUAACGUUGGGCUAAGAAGCAUUAAGUCUUGGAACUGAAUGUAUUUUUUGGACCACACCUGGUUUGGGACCAUAGUAAAUGUAGGAGCACUGUAGAAGUCAUGGAAGGGGGAUUGAUGGGGAAUGAUGGACCUGGUUCUGGACUGGUUUUGUACCUGUAACAAACAUGACUUGGAAUAAAAAUCUGUAUGCAUAGGCAUUACCCCUCAGGUAUUAUGAAAUAAGUCCUGAAUGCAUGUCAUUCCAAACUAACACUCUGUCCUUUCUUUUUUAUGUCUUAUUUUUUUCCCCCAGCAUCUCACAUGUAUUGCUUCCCCUACUCUGUUAUUUAGUAGAGAGAAAUGUACAGCUUUCUGAUGGGUGAGUGAAAGAGUAACUGCAGACAUGACAUGAGUUGGAGCAGAUCUGAUAGAGCCAUUGAGAUGUCCUGGGUUUUAGAAGCAAUGGAAAUUAAGGGAGCAUAGGAAUAAAAUGUGGCUCGGCUGUCUUGGGGGAGAAGUGCGAGGCUUUCCUUCGAGGAGUUUAAGGCAGCUGAGUCGGAUGUCAGGUGAGACUGGGUGCGUGGGCAGCGUGCAUAGCGCAGAUGCCAUUAGGGCCCUGUGCUUGGAUCUGCUAUCCUGGCACAGGGUGAGGGAAGGUUAGUAAUUGCAGAGCAAGGAAGACCAGACUUGAAGGCAGAGGAAAUAGAAGGAAAGGAGCUUAAGGGAAGGAAUAAGGUGGUGCACGAGAUUCAAAUUUCUUUUUAGUUCCCCCAGAGUUGAACUAUACACAUGGUCAACAGAGGCAGUUGUGAAUAUUAAUCUGAAUAUGGGGUUCAGGGAGGGGGGGGACCAACAUCAAACUACUGAGGAAAACUGCCUGGUACAAUUAGAAUCACCCCCAUACCGUACAGGUGCCCGAUGACAAGGAGGACAUCAGAGGGAUGGCUUUUUGGGCUUCAUUGAGCGAGGUGAAGACACAUUUAGGACGAGCUUCUCAGGGCUGGCCCUUCUUGGGCCCCGGCUGAGAAACUGGAAGUACUAACUACCUUCUAGCAUCUUCAAGAAAGUGGAUUGUUUACUCCUCUUGCAGACCCUGAAUGAUCAGGAACUUAGCUCUGUGAUUCAUGCGUUUCCUCCUGCCGAUAUUAUCGGAGCAUCCACUUGGAAAGCAAAGGCAGAAUUUCGCCCAGCUGUGUAUUUUGAUCUUCUUCCGGAUGCAGGUGCCUUAAUGAAGCUCUCGAAAUAUUUUAGGAGCUGCUCAGGGAGUGUUAGGCAGAACUGUUUGGACUACAUUGUUUUCUCUUAGAUUAUGUGAUCUUUGUAGGGCACUGGCAAAGACGUGUGCGUGCGUGCGUGUGCGUGUGUGUGGGUGUGUGUGUGUGGUGCGUGUGUUUGCAGACAUGCAGACCUGCAGCUGAGCUAAUCCCGGGGUUUUCUUGUGAAGUCUUUCCACAUUUCAGUCAUGGCUGAGAGUAGACCCAAAGCCAAGCAUCGGUCAUUGCUUGCUGUUUGCCAUCAGGCAUAAAAUCACUUUCUCAACUCAUCAACCUUUCCUUUUAAAUUUAUGCUGAGAACUCCCCGUGUCUGAAUGUAUCUAACUCCUGCAGUAAUCCCAUAGCAGAUAAGAUGUAAGCAAGUACCGCCUCGUGCUCUUUCAGCCGCCUGUUUGCUAAGAUGCCCUUUCUCUCUCUGUCCACCGUUUUCAGUCUUUGUAGACAGCAGAUUAAUUCAGACAGCUUUGUUGAUCUGGCCAGAUGCUUGUUCUCUUUCUGUCCGAAGGCCAGAGACCAUCCCAGGAAGAGUGGUGGGUGGCUUAUACACUGGAAAUGUAGCAGAAUUGUUGGAUUGAUGCUUUGAAAAAACACAUGUGAGCUUCAGAGGAAGGAUGGGCAAAUCUGGUUGAGCUGGUGAAACUCACUUUCCUGGAGAUGCCUUAACCCACGUUGGUUUGGGCGGUGCGGUUCAGAGGUCACUUUUGUUCCCUCCUGCCUUGCCGGGAGGGACGUCCCUACACAGAGCCCUGGCUUUGUGGCUGUGGGGAUUCGAGGUAGCAUUCCAAGAUCAGAUAUGCUUUUCCUCACUUUGGAGACGAACACUCUGGGUUUUAGAGCAUUAACCUGCCUAAUCUUCAUGGUGAAAAUGACACCUCUAUUCUAGUCAUGCUGUGCAUGUUGCUUUCUCUGUUGGGGUCUAUAUAAAUGUGUUGAACUCUUACCUACAUUCCAAAGAAGUUUUGCGGAACCAUAAAUAUAUGUAUGCAUAUACAUAUAUAAAAUAUAUAUAUUAAAAUGAAAUUAUCAGGAAUACUGCCUCAGUUAUUGAACUUUUUUUAGAAUACUUUUUUUUAAGCUGAGAAGUAUAGGGGUGAAAGAGAUGUUAUAUUGUGUUUGACUAUUUUCCAACUUGUAUUUUCAUAUAAUUUAUAUUUUUUAAAAGCUGAAAAUUUAAACGCAAGAUGAAAAAAGGAAAAGCAGGUGCUUUUUAAAAAUCAGAACUGAGGUAGCUUAGAGAUGUAGCGAUAUAAGUGUCUAUGUGUUGUUUUUUUUUUUUAAAUGCAAAAACAUUUCUUAUGGGGGAGUUUUUUUGUUUGUUUAUUUUAGUAGCUGAUGCUGGCACAUCAUUUUGCUGGAGAGUUUUUUAUAUACUGUAGCCUGAUUUCAUAUUGUAUUUUAAACUGUGUGAGAUUAAAAGCAAAGAAAUUCAUUCAUAA